AUGUCUUUCAUGGAGGCGGCUGGUGUUUUUGACGUGGGUUUCUCAGGAUCCAAUUUUACGUGGUGCAACAAUAGGAGAGGCAGAGCUAAAAUUUUGAAGCGAUUGGAUAGAGCGCUAAUCAAUGGGGAGUGUGCUGAGGUCUCUUCCAGCAUCUCUGUUGAGCAUUUAGCAAAACAUCCAUCAUAUCAUGCACAGCUACGGAUUUCUUUUGCUACUCGCUUAGACAGCAAAUCGAGGCCGUUUCGGUUCUUGAACGUUUGGUCGUCUAGGGCAGAUUUGUUGGAAGUCAUUAGAGGAGCCUGGGAUAGACCAGUGCAGGGAGCCCCUUUGCGUGUGUUGUGCCAGAAAUUAAUGGCGUCAAGACGGGCUAUCCAAGACUGGAACAAACUCACUUUUGGCAAUAUCUUUGAGAAGGUUCGGGAGGCAGAGGCUGCGGUUUGCAGGGCUGAAAUAGAGGUGGAGGGCAAUGCCCCUGAGAGGGCGCAAAAUCAAAGACGGAUUCAGAGCACCAUCCAUCAGAUUAAAGAUUCGCGGGGCGUCCGGGUGAAUAGGGAUGAGGACAUAGCAAACGAGGCAAUUGCGUUCUUCUCGGGCCUAUUUUUUGAACCUACUAUUUUUGCAUUGGAUAUGCUACACUUGAUUCCUCCCUUGGUCACGGAGGAGGAGAAUAAGACCUUGGAGGAAGUCCCAUCCAUGGCAGAGGUUAGACGAGUGGCUUUUGCAAUGGAUGGGGAGAGUGCUGCGGGGCCGGACGGAUUCACGGGUAAGUUCUUCACGUUCGCUUGGGAUGUCAUUGCUCAAGAUAUUUAUAAUGCGGUGCCGAGUUUCUUCUGUGGGGCUGAAUUGCCUAAGUUUAUUACCUCCACUUCCAUUGUGCUUAUCCCUAAAGUGGCAAAUCCCCAGGAUUUUUCGAUGUUUAGGCCAAUUAGUCUUUGUAAUUUCUUUAAUAAGGUGCUAUCUAGACUUUUGGCUGACAGGUUGUCUGCCAUUUUGCCGAAAAUUAUCUCCCCCCAACAAUCAGGCUUUGUUAAGGGUGGGAAUAUCACGGAGAAUUAUUUACUGGCCCAGGAGGGGGCUUUGACAGGGGGAUCCUCUGUCCCCGGCAUUAUUGUCAUAGGAGCUAAGGUGCUCUCACGGGGUUUGAAUAGUCUUGCGCAUCAAUCCGGAUUUGUGGGGUUUCGGGUUCCACACGGGUGCCCUCCUAUCACUCACUUGGCCUUUGCUGAUGAUGUAAUCGUCUUUGCGAAUGAUUCGUCAAGGUCUCUGAAGUGUGUUAUGCGGGUGCUGGAGUUGUACCAUCAAUCCUCGGGACAACUGGUUAAUGCUCAAAAGAGUAGGUAUUUGGUGCCUCCGUCUCGACGCAGAGUGAUUGAGCGGAUCACGCAGUUUGCCAGGAAUUCAUUUCCAAUUUGUUACUUGGGAUUUCCCCUAUACUUAGGUCGGUGUAGAUCGACGUAUUUUGGAGCAGUUAGCCAAGCUAUCAUAGGAAGGGUGUUGUCGUGGAAGUCGAGGCUUCUAUCUCCAGGCGGAAAGCUGAUCCUUAUCAAACAUGUCCUUGCGUCUGUUCCUGUUCACCUGCUUUCGGCAGCAGUGGUACGUAGUUCGGUCUUCUCGGUGAUAGAAAAAGUUUGUGCAAAUUUUCUAUGGGGCUCAAUGGCUGAAAAAUCAAAGUUCCACUGGAUACGAUGGUCUCAGCUAUGCUACCCCGUGGAGGAGGGUGGGGUUGGUUUUCGAAGACUUCAGGAUGUCUACAGAGCCUUUUCAUGUAAGUUGUGGUGGGGGUUUCGGACUGGAGCUUCACUUUGGGCGUCUUAUAUGCAAGCUAAGUACUGUAGGGAGCAGCAUCCUUGUCAAGUGCCUCUCAGAAUAUCUGCUACGGCUACUUGGAGACGAAUGUGGUAUGUUAGUCAGCAGGUGGAGCUGUCAAUGUUAUGGCACGUUAAUGGGGGCGCCUGUCACUUCUGGUACGACAAUUGGGUAGGCAGUGGUGCUUUGUUUCUCAGCUCGACAGUCAUCCCCGAUCUCUCCUUUGGGGACUUUAUCACAAAUGGAACAUGGGAUGCCCAGUUGCUAUCACGGGCCUUACCACCAGGGAUCAUCCCCUUAAUCUUACAACAUCCGAUACCUAAAGGUGGUCGCGCAGUUGAGCCUGUGUGGAUGCCAUCAACAUCUGGGAAAUUCACGCUAGCGUCGGCUUUUGGGGAGGUUCGUCAAGCCUGCAACACUUCUGCGGUUCUAUCACACGUCUGGCAUUAUCGGAUACCGCUGAAGGUGUCUUUCUUCAUGUUAUGCUUAUUGAGGGGAAGGUUGCCGGUAGCGGAUGCCCUCUGCCAGCUAGGUUUUCAAAUGCCGUCGAAGUGUCUUUGUUGUCGGAACCCAUCUUGCGAAUCUAUUGAGCAUGUGUUUGCAAUGGGACAGGUUGCCAUGGAAAUCUGGGGAUAUUUUGGGGGUGUGUGUGGCGUGGCUGGUGCAGGAUCCUUACUGCGAGCUCGGAUGGCGGCAUGGUGGUUUGUGGAGCAGCGAUCGGAAAGGAGGCGCUUCUUGUUCAAAAUUCUUCCUAGUCUCAUCUGCUGGCAUAUCUGGAAGGCUAGGAAUAGAGCCGUUUUUUAA